CGAGAAGCCCAGAACGUCCCACAUCCUAAACAACCACCGCCACAACCAUGUCCCGUCACCACCCCGAUCUCGUAAUGUGCCGCAAGCAGACCGGUAUCGCCAUCGGCCGCCUCUGCGACAAAUGUGACGGCAAAUGCCCCGUCUGCGACUCCUACGUGCGACCUACCACUCUCGUACGUAUUUGCGACGAGUGCUCGUUCGGAAACUAUCAAAAUAAGUGCAUCGUGUGUGGUGGCGAAGGCAUCAGUGACGCAUUUUAUUGCUUCGAGUGUACUCGCUUGGAGAAGGAUCGUGAUGGGUGCCCAAAGAUUAUCAAUUUGGGUAGCUCUAGGACGGAUUUGUUCUUCCAACGGAAACAGCAUCGUGCGGGGGUAUCUUGAUGCGACAUCUCUUUGUCAUGUGUGCUCGGUUUUGACAGGAAAUGAUGAAACUGAUUAUUUCUUGUGGGGAACGGAUAGAGUGGUG